AUGAAGCACCACUUGAUGAUUGGGACGUGGACGCCACCUGGCGCUAUAUUCACCGUGGAAUUCGACGACGAAACUCGCUCACUGCAGCUCAUCAAGCGUACUGCAAUCCCGGAAGACCAAUCAAUCUCAUGGAUGACCUUCGACCAUGCCCGCAAGAACAUCUACGGCGCUGGCAUGAAGCAAUGGGGAUCGUAUACUGUUCAAAGCCCCACGGAGAUCCAUCACCAUGCCUCAAUCCCCAUGGGAGGCCACCCGAAAGCAAUGGACGCAAGCACUAAAACCCGCGCCAUCUUCGUUCUCGCGGCUAAGAAGGCACCAUAUCUGGUCUACGGCAACCCUUUCUACGACUAUGCAGGCUUCAUCAACGUGCAUAGCGUUAACGCUGCGGGCGGCCUAGAGCGCAACGUACAGAAUGCGGAGCUUGACCCAAACUCUGCUGUCCAUGGUAUGGUCUUUGACCCGCAGGAGGAGUAUCUGUACUCUGCAGAUAUGUGGGCGAACAAGAUCUGGUGCCACAAGAAGGACAUGCAAACCGGCCUCCUGACACUCGUUGGCUUCGUGUCUGCUCCCGCGCCAGGCGACCAUCCUCGUUGGGUCGAGAUGCACCCAUCAGGUAACUACCUGUACGCCUUGAUGGAAGCCGGCAACCGUCUCUGCGUCUACGUCAUCGACGAGACUACCCACAUGCCCGUCUACAGCCGACAAACCUUCCCGCUCAUCCCACCAGGCAUGGACGCCCUCCACCCGAAGAUGUAUCGAUCGGACGUCGUCUUCUGCUCGUCGUCAGGCAAGUACCUGUUCGCGACUGCACGAUCAAAUAGUGCGAAAUUGACAGGCUACUUUGCCGCCUUCAAGCUCGGUGAGCAAGGGCAGGUGGAGAGGCAGAUCUGUCUCAAUCCGACUCCGACUAGUGGCGGACAUAGUAAUGCUGUCAGCCCAUGUCCGUGGAGUGAUGAAUGGCUGGCUUUGUGCGAUGACGAGCAAGGCUGGGUGGAGAUAUAUAGAUGGCAUGAUGAGUUUCUGGGUAGGGUGGCGCACUUGGAUAUCAAGGAGCCCGGUUUCGGCAUGAAUGCAAUUUGGUAUGAUUGA